AUGUCACGAAUCCUACGACCAGCGAGUCGUUUCAUUUCUUCAGCUCGCCCAACACGAAAUGCCUUUCAAUCUUUUUCCCGUCUACCGGCCAUUGUACAAAGCAGAGGAUAUGCAAAGGAAAGUGGUGUUAAGGAAUAUACAGUCAGAGAGGCUUUGAACGAAGCCUUGGCCGAAGAAUUGGAGUCAAAUCCAAAGGUCUUUGUUCUGGGUGAGGAAGUCGCUCAGUACAAUGGCGCAUAUAAGGUUACCAAGGGUUUAUUGGAUCGUUUCGGUGAAAAGAGAGUUAUCGAUUCUCCCAUCACUGAAUCGGGUUUCUGCGGUUUGACCGUCGGUGCUGCGUUGGCAGGUUUACAUCCUGUGUGCGAGUUCAUGACUUUCAACUUCGCAAUGCAAGCUAUUGAUCAAAUUGUCAACUCCGCCGCCAAAACUCACUACAUGUCCGGUGGUAUUCAACCCUGUAACAUCACAUUCCGCGGACCCAACGGUUUCGCAUCUGGCGUCGCAGCACAACACUCCCAAGAUUACUCUGCAUGGUACGGAAGCAUACCCGGUCUCAAGGUCGUCACUCCAUGGAGUGCCGAAGAUGCCAAAGGAUUACUCAAAGCUGCCAUCCGCGACCCCAACCCUGUCUGCGUUCUCGAGAACGAAUUGUUGUACGGUCAAUCUUUCCCAAUGAGCGAGGCCGCUCAGAAGAAUGACUUCGUUAUUCCAUUCGGUAAGGCCAAGAUUGAGCGUGCUGGAAAGGAUCUCACUAUUGUCACUUUGUCCCGCUGUGUUGGACAAUCUCUUGUCGCAGCUGAGAACCUUAAGAAGAAGUAUGGCGUCGAAGUCGAAGUUAUCAACCUCCGAUCUAUCAAACCUUUGGAUGUCGAAACCAUCAUGACCUCCCUUAAAAAGACCCACCGUCUCCUCGCUGUCGAGUCCGGUUUCCCAGCUUUUGGUGUCGGUGCUGAGUUGCUUGCCUUGACUAUGGAGUUCGGUUUCGAUUAUCUCGAUGCUCCAGCCCAAAGAAUUACUGGUGCCGAAGUCCCAACUCCAUAUGCUCAAAAGUUGGAAGAUAUGAGUUUCCCUAACGAGCAGUUGAUUGAGAACUACGUUGCCAAGAUGUUACGAUUGUAA